UAUCGUGCUUGCUUCGCUUUUUUCGCGAGCACGCGAUCGUCGGACUACUCGCCGAGAGAGAAGUCGCUCUCGCAUAAAGAGAUCGCUUAUUCGUUGCUACUCGUCAGUUGCAUUUCUGAAGCCUUUGUUAAGGGAGCUCGUGAAUAAGAUUUUCUAUUGAAUAAUCUUUUGUGGUAGCGUAGACAAUCGGUUGUUAAAUUUGAAAGCUUUUCAUUGAAUGUCAGUAACAAGGCAGAAACCAUUGAAUUAUGGGCUUAUUCUAAUCUGUUGUUUCUAGGAAGGCAUUACCUGAAAAGACUAUUGUUUUGAGUAUGUUUGCAAAAGAAUACAAACGCCUUUGAUUAAUAUUCAUCGUAAAAUUUUAGUUUGCCUUUGUAUAGAAUAGAAAACAGAAAUUUUAAUAUUUGAAUAGAUGUAUUUAUGUUCAUGUUACAAAUGAGUUGUGAAUUGAUCUUUGUAUUUUUAUAUCACGUCUAACAUUUUGAUAUAUUUUUAUAGUUACUAUAUUUCAAUUUCAACCAUUUUUAAACCUUAAAAAAUAUAUGUUAGCCGUCGACUCUCAAGCUGCCGCUGCCGGUUGGAUGCAGAUUCCAUACGCAACAGGAGCUCCUGGCGUUCCGGUGGUACCGGCAAACACUCAUCUACCACCUCCACCACCCAUUUCUGGGGACGGAUCACUCAUGCAACACUCCAACUUAAAGCCAGUUUACUCCAGCUCAAGUCAGAUUUCGCCGAUGAGCGGACAAAUGACACAUAUGCAGCAUAAUGCGCCAAGUUCGGGAACAACAAACAAAACUUCGCAAGAACAGAGAGUAAAAAGGCCGAUGAAUGCUUUCAUGGUGUGGUCACGUGGACAAAGACGAAAAAUGGCGCAGGAAAAUCCGAAAAUGCAUAAUUCAGAAAUAUCAAAACGUUUAGGCGCUGAAUGGAAACUUUUGUCUGAGACCGACAAGAGGCCGUUCAUUGACGAGGCAAAACGAUUGAGGGCUUUGCACAUGAAAGAACACCCUGACUACAAAUACAGACCACGUCGCAAAACAAAAGCCAUACUAAAGAAAGACAAGUAUGGAAGCAACAUCCUACCGCAAUCGUCUACUGCACAGGCAGCCUCGUCUCUGGGUCGAAGUCAGCUGGGUGGAGGCAUCGAAUAUCAACAUCUUAACGGAUACGGCGCCUACCCAGCGAUGAUAUCACCUCAAGAUCACUAUGCGUCUCAGGGAUACGGUUCGGCGGCGGGACAAGGUGCGGUUAGUCAUCUAACUCCAAGAUACGAUAUGUCAAUGUACUACACUCCUUAUACCACAGCAGCAUCGUCGAUCGCAAGCAUGGGCAAUCCCAGUCCUUCACAACUAAAUGGAUACCACCCACCACCUGCGUCAUAUUCUUUGCCGCACCCUCCUUUAGCCGGCACACCUCCGUACGGAAGCGUUAUUCAUCCGGGUAGCACACAUUCCGGAAGCGUGAAGUCUCCAGAUACAAGUCCCGGAGGAGUAGGACACCAAACUCCGGGUUGUCAUUCUGCAUCAAGUCCAACACAACACCAUCCACAAAUUCCAGGACAACCUCAACAAGGCGGCCAAAUUCAAAGCAUGAUCAGCAUGUAUCUGCCACAUGGCGGUGAGCAAGCAGGUGCGACACCAGUACCCUCGAGCAGUCCAGGCAUGGAUACUACAAGGCUGGCACAGAUGCAACCUGCGCAUCACUAUUCAAUGGUUCCUCUCGCAACUGGUGCACACAUUCCUCAAAUGCACUCGAUGUGAAGCAUGUACUAAGAGAUAAUGAUGAGAGGGUACUAAAACAAAAAUAUGGGACAGGGAUCAGCGCGUGGUGAGUCGGAGAUGGCAAAGACUGUAGUACAAGGUGGCCCGGUGUUAUCACCCGGAAAGUUCAUUAUAGUUUUGAGUAUAGCGAAAUGAUUUCUUUACCUUGUAGCUAACACAACCAAUACAUUACAUAUUGCGAAAUUUGUUCUACCAUUCGAACAGUUUGUGUGAAUAAUACACAUUUGUCACACUUUCAACCCCCUAAACAGUGCUGUAUUCCCGCCAAUCCGAAGCAGUUUCUGCUCAACUUAGGAAGCGCUGUGGCUGAUAUCAAAGCCCAUAUUGAAAGCUGUAUUUUAUUAUCGUAAGUAAGUUAUGGAGUGCCUUGAUUUUUACCAUUUUAUAUAACAUUGCUUGCUUUUGAUUGUAGAGAGUGGUAGCAUACUUGAUGCCUUACACGUUUUCUGUACUUUAUUUUUGUUUCAUUUUAAUUUUGUAUUUGACCUUUUUUUUAAUUUGGUGCUCUUUGUUUUCGACUGUCGCGACAUUACUAGUCCGUAAAAGAGUCGAGUAUGGCGCGACGACCGUUUUCCGUAGUAGUUCCAUCGAACCAACAACCAUUUUGGGUCGCUUCAAGUUCUUUCCUUGUGAAAACCUUCAACUACAUUUUUAUUCCAAAACAUAAUAUGAAUUGUAAUUUGUUAAACGGGUUUUAUUUCUUUUUCCACAAUUUGACGAACGAUUUGAGUGAAAAAACAAUCUUCUUCAACUGCAUGAUACUUCGGUCGUCGAUUUUGUUUCACUGUAAUUCAUAAUGCAAAAACGUACUGUGUGCUUUUUCCAAUUUUUGGCGAAUCCACUCGAAGUGUGAUACAUCACCUCUUCAUUAUCGAUUGGAUAUGAUCGAGGUAAUAUAUCCCACCUCGAAAGAGGAUAGCCUGUAUUGCAAACCAUAUUGCUUUUGAACAUUCAUUGCAAACAUCGCUAUUUUUAUUGCUUUAAGUUAUUAUCUUACUAAUAAUUAAUAAUAAUUAAUUAAUAAACCUCCCCUACACUGUAUUUUGUUGAUCAUCUCAAUGUCAUCAAACUCACUAACUCGAAAAAUAAGAUAAUAGUAAAUUAAAAAUAUUGUUAUUCAGCUGCGAGGUCGGCUAAUAAAUUCCCAUAAAAUUUCCUAUUUGCAUUCCUAUUCUUAUUUUUUUUUAUUUCAGUUUAAUUCACUGGCUGUUGAGCGGCUCAUUGGUACUUUUAUUUGUUAUGAUGAAAUAAAUAAAAAUCAAAAAAUGUA